AUGAAAAGAGUUCAUCAACAAGCUCAUCCAACACAUAUGUCCCUAUCAAGAAGCACUGACACAUCAUUCAUUCAUCUCUUCCAUGAUUUUCUUUUUCUUUUACCACCUACGCUUUCAAAUACAGGCGGUUCGAGUAAUCUAAUGGGAAAAUUCACACAAAGUGUUCGUCGGAUAGUGCAAGAUGUCAAGGACGAGGGCACAAUGAGCGGAUUAAGUCGUGAGGAAGUUAUUGAGAUUAACGAAAGACUGAUACUUUUUCGAUUUCGUCUCGAGAUGUCUUACGAGACAGCCAAGCAGGCUCUUAACUCAUUAAUGUCUAAAUACGGUGACUCGAAGAGCCAACGUAAUAUUUUUCAUCGCUAUCCGUUGUUGAAGAUUAUGAUAAAGGAAGUCAUUAAACUAGAAACUCAAUAUUGGACACUUGUGGAAAUCCCGAAACAAGAAAAACAAGAAACAGUUCCAGCAUUCGUGAUGCGAGCAUGUACAAUCAUGGAAAAGACUCAGAAGUCCGAAGUAAAGACACCACAGAAACUUUCAGAGGAGGCUGCCGAAAAGAAAGAUCGCCUUGAGCGUUUGGAUCCUAUGACAACGUCCCAAAUAGAGCACGAGAAUACACAAAUGAUAAACGACUUGUAUCGCCUACUCAAGAAAUACCAGGGCUUAAGAAACUUAAUCAGGGAAUUAAAAUCUGAGUACAGCAGCAGCAAGAUAUAUCCAAUAUUCCCACGUUACACGAUGCUUAAAGACAUGAUAAAAGAUGUCAUGCACGAUCCAAGUUACAUGGAUGUCAGAUAUGAAGGCUCUAACGUUGAGGGAUCUCGCACUGAUAACGACUAAUUUACACCAAAACUUUAGUCAUAAUCGACAAAACAACCCCUCGAUGCAUAUAAAGCUUUAUUUAAAUUUAUGACCCAGAAAAAAAAAACAAAAAAAAAGAAAGAGAGAAAAAAAAUCAUUUGAACACUUACCAAAAUUUGUUUCGUGUUCUAUCCAUAAAUGUAACCUUCGUACAAAAAAAAAAGAAAAAGAAGGAGAAGAACCUCCGGUCGAUGUCAUUUCAUUGAGUUUCUUUAGGGUUUGUUACAACAACACAUUUGGUACCAAAUAUUUGUACGUUUCACGGCAAACACUUUCGAUUAUGUUUAUGAAGUUGAGCAGGGAAUUCGUUAAAAAGGGACACGAGUGAAUAUAUCCUGUUUGAUUUAAUGAUAAACAUAACACGAUGAUUCUGUACCGUUCUUGUGCUUUGAAAGCUCUCUGACUUUAUUUAUUGUUGAUCUCUAUUUAAAAAACUCUAGAUAGAUUACGUUCUACGCGGUAGUAGCAUUUUUACCAUACAAUACAUAGAUAAACAAUUUCGAUAAGAUUAAUCACUGUGUUCAGACUUUUUCAUAAAUCGAUGAUGAACCACAAUAGAAAAAAAAGGAAAUAGAAGAAGAAAGAAAAAGUUAUCUAAAGAAACAAAUUGAUGUACGCAAAUUUGCUGUCUGUGCUUUUCCGCCUCCCAUUUUUCCUUCAAUCUCGUAAAGAAAACCAAAAAAUAAAAUAAAAUAAAAUCGAAACAUCUUAAACAUUCACAUGGAACUUUUGCAAGCUUUUUGUCUUGAAUUAUUCAUCACCACAACUCACAUUGAUUCAUUGUAUGUAAUAUCUAAGCUAAGCCAAAAAAAAAGGGAAAGAAAGAAUUAAGAGCUUAAAAUAUCCGCUAGUUAAUGUCUAAUGACUGUUUAAAAAAUAUUAGAAUGAAAAGAAGAUUAGAUUAUUCAAAUCGACACAGUAAGGCAGUAAAGAUAAAUAUUUAAGGUGGAUGGAGAGAUUUAUAAUUUAUAAGUAUAAACAUUUCAAUUUCCACAGAGGAUUUAUCUUUAAAAUUCAACUUCUAUUGAAUUCUUCUAUGUAAUUUAAUAUUUAUUAUUCUAUUUCAAGAUGAAGGUAAUUUAAGGAAAGAAAGCAAAUACUGCUAUGAGUAUCUAAACAUUAUAUUUUGAUAUUAUUCAUAGUGCAUAAAAUUCGACAUUAAAAAAUAUUUAUACAAUCACG